UCAUUUCAUCAGCAAUGGCGCCCAUGUCAUCCCUUCUGACCUUUGGUCUCCUCGCCCUGCCUGCUGUUCUGGCGCACCCAGGCCAUGAUGUCUCCGAAGAGGCCGCAGAGCGUGCAGAGAGUUGGCCAGCAAGGCUCGCACCAAGCGAGGCAUCAAGGGCCCUCUCGUCCGUCGUGACUUCGCCGCUUACAACCACACCCACGAUCACUCAGGGACCUUACUACGUCGAUGGAGAGCUCAUCCGUGGCGACAUUACCGAUGGUCGGGAGGGUGUUCCUCUCUAUCUCGACAUUCAACUCGUUGAUACCAGUACUUGUGAGCCUGUUCCGGCUGUCUACAUGGACCUCUGGCACUGCAAUUCUACGGGC